GCCCAGCCUCAGGCCAUCAACGACUCAACCCAGCCACUUCGCCACUUCGCCGGACCACCCAGCUCCUCUUCCUUCUCUCCACUCCGCACCACACAGCUCCUCUUCUCUCCGCAGUCGGCACCACGCAGCUUCGCAGUCGGCACCACGCAGCUUCGGCCUCUCUCUCAUGAAUCUUCACCUGAAUCAUUAGCAAGGAUUCUAUAUUUGCUUCCGUUUCAGCAAUUCGGGUAUUCCUCCAAGCUCCAAUAGAUCAGCAUAUCAGUAAUAGCCUGCAAUUCUUUCUAUAGAGCUCAAUUCACAUAGAUCUGAGCAGCGAUGGCGAACAACCCAGAGCCUCAGAACUUCAAAAAGUACGGCGUCCCUUUCUACUCCGUAGCUUGGGUUCCGUACAACUCCAUUCGAUUUGACCCAAAACCCAAACCUGAAGACGAACCAGAUCAACCUAAACCCGACGACGAACCCACUGCCCAUCGUAAGUACAUCGUAUUGGCCGGCGGCGGCGGCGAAGGCAAUAGUGGCAUCCCAAACGCGGUUGUUCUCUCUGAAUUCGAUGCCACAUCCAAUUCUCUCUCUGAUCAGCCUGUUGUUAAGCAUAAAACUGGCUCUAAUUUGCCAUAUAGAAUGGCAGUUCAUCCUGGUGGCGAGGGCCUCAUAUGUUCAUUUCCCCAGAGCUGCAGAUGGUUUGAAUGGGAUGGAGAAAAUAGCAUGGAAGGUCAUCAGCUUGGUGUGAAGCAAUCAGAUAGAGUGCUCACCUCAUUGGAAGACGUUGAACAACAGUUAGCAAUGGCAUUUAACAAUGAGGGUUCAAUACUAGCAUCUGGUAGUGAGGAUGGAAAUUUAAAGGUUUUCAAAUGGCCUAGCAUGGAAAUUGUUCUUGAUCAAGCUAAAGUUCAUAGUAGUGUGAAGGACUUACAUUUCAGCCCUGAUGGGAAACUACUUGCAUCUUUGGGAAGUGUUGGCUGCAGAGUAUGGGAUGUUAUUUCAUCAAAGCCUGUAGCUUCUCUAGCUAAGGGAAAUGACGAAAUAUUUUGUGCGUGUAGAUUUUCUCAAACCAACGACAAGAAUCUGGUUCUAUAUACAGCUGCAGUUACAGGUAAAGGUGGAAGCAUUGUGACAUGGAAUACAACCACAUGGAAUAGGAUCGCCUCAAAGUCAAUUGUCCGUGACCCAAUAUCUGCCUUUGAUGUCUCUGCUGAUGGGAAGUUUCUUGCAUGUGGAACAACACAAGGGGAUAUUUUUGUUGUGAACUCAUCAAGUAUGCGGAUUCGACAAGUGAUUAAGAAGGCACAUCUUGGCUUUGUAACCACAUUGAGAUUCUCUCAUGAUUCAAGAGCUUUGGCAUCUGCCUCUUUGGAUUCAAGCGCAAGAGUAACAAUGAUAGAGGAGAAGAAAGAUGGUGCAGGAGGAUUUAGCUUGUGGCUCAUUAUAUUGAUUAUUCUAAUUGCCAUUGCUGCAUAUUUCUUGAAGAACCCCCAGAGAUUUAAGGAGUUUACUACUAUGAUAAAAUUAUAAAAUGCCGGCUCUUAGCGUCGGAAAGCUUUAAAGCUUGAAUUCCUUUUUGUACUUUAUAAAAGAAUAAUGGUGUCUUUUCUUGUAUAGCAAUUGAGAUGCUGCCUCUUUUCAAAUUGUUCCUAGCUCAAAUAACAAAUGUUGGGAAUGAAAGAAUAGUGUGAACUGUUUUGCAGAAUUUGAAAGCAUAAUUACUAUUUAUAUUCAAUCCUUUUAUUUGUUGGUAUAAA